AACACAAAAAAGCGGACACCGUGGACACAUUCAGAAACUGUUGUAUUUUUAGAGUGCUAUCUUAAAAGAAAAAAUGAAUUCGUGCAUUUGAGAAAAAAGCGAGUAGCUUAUUCUAAUACAUUGAAAGACAUGUUAUCCCAAAAUAUUCCGGACAAAGGAAGAACACCUAUAUGUUUAGAGAAUAAAAUGCGUUAUUUAAUACAUGCUUAUAAAACAUCACUAGACAAUAAUGGUUUGACGGGAUCACAUACUUUUCCAUAUAUGAAGAUAAUGAAUAAAAUUUUUGCGGACUCUCCCACAAUGCAAACUGGUUUUGAUCAUGUUGAAAUGCCAGAGGAAAGCUGUAGUUCGAAUUUACCAACAAAUUUAUCAGAAGCAACACAAUCUCCACCGCUGUCACCAUCAUCUGCAGUAGACUGGCCAUUACCAUCGUCAUCCUCUGGAGUGCAAAUAUCAUUUCCAUUACUAUUAACAUCUCCAAGCGCGGCUCAAGCAAAGACUGGAAAACUUACAGCUCGAGGUCGUUAUUUUGAUGAAAAGCUUAAAUUAAAAAAGCUGGCAAUUGAACAUAAAGCGAAACAAAGAGAACAAGCACUAUCAGAUUUUAAAGCUCUUCUUAAAAAAAAGUGGAAGAAUGAAACAACACUAGAACAGAAAAAAUUGACUCUGCUGGAAUCAAUUUUAAAUUCACAAAAUUAAAUAAUUCUUGCUUUUGAUUUCCAUAUAAUCAAUCCAUAUACUAGUUUGACAUAUCCUUGUUUUUAAUAAUAUAGUAAUUUUUCUGUUUUGUAUGU